CCCCAAUCCUGGGCAAGACGCUGGACCUCUUUUCAUUCUUAUCCCCUUUCGUCUCCGUCAACCCCAGGCGCUUUGUUCCUCUUGCUUUCCUCGUGUGCUCCUUCCUUGCCAACUGAGAGUUUCAUCUUUACUUACUCUCUCCCACACUCAUUUAUUAACUGUUUUUGUUUUCCCCGGCUUCUUGCCUCAUCACGUUCGCUUUUACAGCAGUCGCUCACUUACUCGAGGGGAUUGGAUUAUACUUUCAAAAACACAACAUUCUUUAAAAGACAAUAAAAGGUUAGUCGAUUCGCAAAGAAGAGGAAAUAGUGGCGAUUGGAGACGAGGCCGAUGUGGCAGAGACGAGAUUCAAGUCAUACCAAUUCAAGGAGCAAUAACAACCAUCACAAACACAACGACAAUCGCCUGCGGAACUCGAAAAAAUACCAAGGGCAACCCGAGGGAAAUUAUUGGCGGAAACGGGCCAUGUGCGAUGAUGGAGUCGCAAGAAGAAUUAUGUUGGGGAGGGGAAAGCAACAUUAGCCAGGACAGACGAAGUACCUCAGGCCUGAUCAACUGAAGCGACAGCAAACUCGACAACGGGACGCUUUGCACAUCUACACACGUUCAAAUGAUGCACGGCGCAAACUCUCAUGUCUCAUCGGCUCUCCUUCCAUGGCCACGCGCUGUGGAAUCGUCUCAUAGCAACAGUUAAAAGGUUGAAGGCUAAUCACAAGGUUGAACUAGAUAUAUAGGUUGCACCGUUACCAUGAAGAACCUCAUCACUUACACCCUUGCGGCUACGCUCGCCGCCGGUGCUACCGCCCAGCAUCACCAGCACCAGCACAUGCACGCUCGCCGUCAUGCUGGCUCCAAGGUCGAGAAGCGUGACCCUGAUGUUAUCACCGAGUACGUUGUCGCCGCCACCGAGACCGUUUAUGAGCUUGGCGGAGAGGAGAUCGACAUUCACGCCGCCAAGGCUGGUCUUGAUGGAGGUAGCCUCGUCAUUGUUGGCGAGUCCAACCCUACCUACGAUGCACCCAAAGCUCCUGCGACCAGUGCUGCUCAGCCCGCGAAGGUUUCUCAGCCCAAGAAGGAGGUGGGCGCUCAAUUCUACGAGUCUAAGACUGCCGCUGCUACUACCGCAGUGCCCAAGCCUGUCUACUCGGCCCCAGCCGCCACUCAAUCCAAGGCCUCCAAGCCUAAGUCUUCCAAGCCCAAGACCAGUGGCUCCAGCUCCAGCUACAGUGGCUCCAGCGGCGCUACUGGUGUUGACAAGACGUUUGAGAGCGGCACUAUCGACUGCAGCGAGUUCCCCUCGGAGUAUGGUGCUGUUGCUCUCGACUGGCUGAACCUUGGUGGCUGGUCUGGUAUUCAGUACUGCCCUGACUUCAGCUUCGCGUCCAAGCUGAUCUACCAGAUUGACACUGCCAUCUCUGGCGACGGUUGCAAGCCCGGUGCUAUGUGCUCCUACGCUUGCCCCGUUGGCUACCAGAAGACCCAGUGGCCUGCUGCUCAAGGUUCCGAGCGUGAGUCUAUUGGUGGACUCUACUGCAACAAGGACGGCAAGCUCGAACUGACCCGUGACGGUUACGACACUCUUUGCGAACCUGGUGUCGGUGGUGUCACUAUUCAAAACGACCUCGACGAGCAGGUUGUGACUUGCCGAACUGACUACCCCGGAACUGAGAACAUGGUUGUCCCUGCUGUCGCCGAGCCCGGUAGCAACGUCGCUGUCUGCAACCCCAACCAGGACAAGUACUACGUCUGGGACGGUGUAGGCACCUCAGCCCAGUACUACGUCAACAAGAAGGGCUACACUGUCGAGGAGGCUUGUGUUUGGGACAGCUCCAAGGGCAAGGAUGCCGGUAACUGGGCACCAGUUGUUCUCGGUGUUGGCAUGAAGAACGGCAUGACCUUUGUCUCCAUUUUCCAGAACUCGCCAACCAGCACUGCCCUCCUUGACUUCAACAUUGAGAUCAAGGGUGGCAACAAGAAAUGCUCCUACGUCAACGGCCAGUGGAGCGAGGGAACUGGCUGCACCACUGCUGCUGCCGAGGGCCAGAAGAUUACUGUCCGAUACUAUUAAAAGAAUGUUACUUGACAAAGUCAAGUAGGAUGUGCGUUUUUGGAACUUCUUGUCAAUAUUCUGGGUGACAGAGCUUGGGACCUUUCGGCCGCGGGCCACGGACGAGCGCAAGCUGUUGGGCCUGAGUUGAUCAUAUCGAUGAGGUGCGCGACGGCUGGCAUGAGCAGGCUUCCUCCCAUUUCUUGAGCCGGGUUGAAUCUCUUGGAUACGCUGGAUGAGCAAGGACCUAAGAACGUUUCGACUGCCGAUCUACUCGCUUGUCUUGUUCUCAGCGUCCUUUUCUAACAGUAUUUGUUUUACUUUAUUUUCUUAUGUCAGCAAGUACUCCAUAUAUUGCAUUUUGGCCUGUUUCUUACAUUGGACUCCUCACGGAACGAUCAUGCCCUGAGCCAUUGUUGGCGACAGACGAAUGCAGCCAGCGAUUGUCAAUUUUGCAUUGGGAGGAGCCCUCAAGGUGUUUUAUACCCCUGACCGAAGAGAUGGCGAUGGAAGAAUGUCUCCGGACAGCAAUGAGAUCAAGUGGUCAACGUCGUUGGGUCCUGGAAUAGAAAUGUCCCUCUUUGAGCUUAGCUUGUCUAUGUAAUGUCUGUGAUUUGGAUAGUGUGUAGUGUCUUUUAAGUAUGAUAAUUAAGCUCUUUGGUAG